AUGCAAGGCAAAAAUUGUCCGCAAAAAUUUGAAAAUGUACGAAAAAAAUUGUCCGCAAGAUUUCCUCCCCUAUCUCCAAAAUUCUUCCAUUUAUUUAUUAAAUUCAUUUUAGAUCGUUAUUACACAAAGAAGCAUGAAUGGAUUGAGUUGGAAAAACAUGUUAAAGGUGAAAUUGGAACUGUUGGUAUUACCGACUUUGCGCAGCAAUCACUUGGUGAUGUCGUCUAUGUAGAACUGCCUGAAGUAGGUACUAAAUUGGCUAAAGAUGACACCGCUGGGGCGAUUGAAAGUGUUAAGGCUGCCUCUGAUCUUUAUUCACCUAUGACUGGAGAAGUUGUCGAAUUGAACGCAGAGGUUCAAGAUAAGCCGCAGCUGGUCAAUAAAUCUUGUUUUGAGAAAGGUUUUUCUUUGAUUUUUUAUUAUAAGACACCCACAAUAAUAGAUUUACCUCGAUUUAGGAUACCUUUUUUAUAA